AUGCCACAAACAGACAAACAAGUAUGCAUCCCACCAGAGCUUCCAGAUUUGCUGAAGCAGUUUACAAAAGCUGCUAUUCGGACCCAGCCUCCAGAUCUGAUACAAUGGGCUGCCGACUAUUUUUCUGCCAUGGCCCGGGGGGAGCUUCCCCCGGGAAGAGAACGAGCAGAUCGAGUACCUUUAUCAACCUGGGCAGAGCUUACUCCAGAGCUCUUGAAGGUCUUACACCAGAGAGUGGGUGGGAGGCUGAUAGUCCACGUAGAUGAAUUAGCCCAGAUGUGGAAAGUGCUCAAUCUCCCUACGGAUUUGUUUGACAGUAUUAUGAAUGUUGGGCGUUUUACUGAAGAAAUUGAAUGGCUAAAGUUUUUAGCUCUGGCCUGUAGCUCUCUUGGAGUAACUAUUGCAAAAACUCUGAAGAUAAUAUGUGAGGUUUUAUCCAAUGAGCAUGACUCCGGACCAGCCCGUAUCCCCUUCAGUACUUUCCAGUUUCUCUAUACAUACAUUGCUGAAGUAGAUGGGGAGAUUUCAGCUUCUCAUGUCAGUCGAAUGCUGAAUUACAUUGAACAGGAGAUCAUCGGGCCAGACGGCUUGAUCAAGGUGAAUGAUUUUACCCAGAACCCUCGGGUCAGGCUGGAGUAG